CCCCAUCUCCCAAGAACAUGUUUGAUUCAUAUCCACGAACCAUCUGUGAUUAUAUUUCUAGUCUUACCCAUUCGUCGACUAAUCUGCUGUGUACUUGGCUUUGCCACCAAACUUCGAGCACUUGCAGACAUGAAUCGCAAAUGAAAUCCCACAUAUCGUCCAGAACACUAUUCCUUGUCCACCAAAUGAUCUUACAGCAAUAACCGUUUGCCUAGGACAUGCAGGUGCUACAGUAUGGUUAGGCCAAGGGCAUCACGAUAGCCGGUGGGUGGCCACCGAUAGCCACUGGGCUAUCGUUGUGGACCAUUGCCCA